CUUGAGCACUACAUGACAACACUGAGCCAGGAGACUGUCGAGGCAGGCCACGUGUCGCAAAUAUCCACCAACACCUCUGCGCAAUUCCCACAGCCACACCACCGCCCAGCAUGGCGUUCUCCAAGUCGCCGUCCGUGGCUACAGGCUUUAAGCCUAGGAACAAGCUCCGCCGACAAGCCGCCUUCCUCUCGAUCAAGAAGGCCAGAGAGGCAGAGAAGCGCGACCUGCGGCACAAGCGUAAGCGCGAAGAAGCAAAAGACGAGUCCCUGCGCGAAGACCGCCUCAAGAACAACGUCCCCCAGACCAUCGACAACAAGCGCGUGUGGGACGAGCCGGUGGGCGACGAGGAGGACGUCCUGGGCUGGGCGGUAGAUGUCGAGCGGUUGGCGAAGAAGCGGAGGCUGGAGCAAGAGGCCGCGGACAAGGACGAGGCGGAGGGCACGCUGGCCAAGCUCAAGAAGCGCGACCAGGCGCAACAAUCCGGCUCAGACGACGACGACUCCUCGGAUGCAGACUCGGCCGCCGACUCGAUGCUCGACUCGGACGCCUCGCACUCGGACUCGGCCUUCGACAGCGACUCGGAGCUCGCAAGACCUUCGAAAAACCGCGCGUCCUCACCAGACCCCUCUGUCGCAACCACGGCAGCAACAAACAUGGAGCUCUCCCCCGAGUUCCUCAAGCAGAAGUUCCCCCAGCUCUUCGACCCGCAGCCCGAACCCAAGAUCCUCAUCACGACAUCGAUAAACUCGUCGCUGCACAAGGAAGCCGAGACGCUGACCUCAUUCUUCCCCAACUCGACCUACAUCCGGCGCACGGCGCACGCGCACGCGCACAAGUACUCGGUGCGCGAGAUCGCCUCGUUCGCCGCGGCCCGCUCCUACACAGCCGUGGUGGUGCUGAUGCAAGCCGAGCACGCAAAGACGCCCGACGGGCUGGACAUAGUGCACCUGCCGUCCGGGCCGCACUUCCACUUCAGCGUGUCCAAUUGGGUUGACGGGAAGAAGCUGACGCGCCACGCAAACGACACGGGCCACUACCCGGAGCUGAUUCUGAACAACUUCAAGACGCCGCUGGGCAUCCUGACGGCGCACUUAUUCAAGGGCAUGUUUCCUGCGGCCCCGGAGCUCGAGGGCCGCCAGGUCCUCACCCUGCACAACCAGCGCGAUUACAUCUUCGUACGGAGACAUCGCUAUGCCUUCCGCGACAAGCGCGAGACGGAGAAACCGAUUGUCGGCAACGACGGCAAGCCCAUCAAGGGCGUCGAGGAUAUCAAGGUCGGUAUGCAGGAAAUCGGCCCGCGCAUGACGCUCAAGCUGCGGAGGAUAGAUCGCGGCAUCCAGUACAAGAGUGGCCAGGAAUGGCAGUGGAAGGGCCGCAUGGAGAAGUCGAGGACGCGCUUCAACAUGUAGAAGAAGUGCCCUUGCCCCCACGACAUUCAAUAACACAAAGGUUUGUCGAAGGCUCAAGGCCGUACCUUCGUGAUGCCAAUACCCCGACUACGUCCAGGCUGCACACCCCGACCAAGUUCUGUGCAUCUUCGCUGCUGAUUUUGUCUCAAGACUGAUGACGAGUGAUUGUGCAAUUGACCGUGGAGGUCUGUGAUUGAUUACCUAUGCAACUCCCAAACGCUGCUUACCAGCAGUACCCUCACAGACCCAGCCGACCUGAUGCCAACGCCUUGGAUAAUGUUGAAACGCCAAAAUAAUACCAGCAUGCACAAAGAAUACAAAGCAGCUCAUCA